AAAAUGAACUAUGGGUAAUCCCUAUUGCGAUGCAACCACCCAAGAUGGCAACCAGUCAGGACAGAUAAAUUUGUGAGCAAUUUGGAUGAAUUAAGCCAAAAAAACUACAAAAUAUAGAUGAUACACGGGUAACGAAGGCAAGAUGGAAAGUGGAUCUAAAGGUAGUAGUGGACAGGCGGAAUUUAUUGUCGGUGGGAAGUACCGUCUUGUGCGGAAAAUAGGCAGUGGCUCGUUUGGUGACAUUUAUUUGGGUAUCAACGUAACAAAUGGAGAGGAAGUAGCCGUGAAACUAGAAUCCCUCAAGGCCAGACAUCCCCAGCUGCUUUACGAAAGCAAGUUAUAUAAAAUAUUAGCUGGAGGUGUUGGUAUCCCACACAUUCGUUACUAUAGCCAAGAAAAAGAUUACAAUGUCCUGGUCAUGGACUUGCUUGGGCCCAGUCUGGAGGAUUUGUUCAACUUCUGCUCAAGAAGGUUCACGAUGAAAACUGUGCUAAUGCUCGCUGACCAAAUGAUUGGGCGUAUUGAAUAUGUUCACAACAAAAACUUCAUCCACAGAGACAUAAAACCUGACAAUUUCUUAAUGGGUAUAGGUCGUCACUGUAACAAAGUGUUCCUCAUUGAUUAUGGUCUGGCCAAGAAAUACAGAGAUAGUAGAACAAGACAACACAUCCCAUACAGAGAGGAUAAGAACCUGACUGGAACUGCUCGAUACGCAAGUAUCAAUGCACAUCUUGGUAUUGAACAAAGUCGAAGGGAUGACAUGGAAUCGCUUGGCUAUGUGCUAAUGUAUUUCAACAGGGGAUCACUACCCUGGCAAGGAUUGAAGGCUGCAACGAAAAAGCAGAAAUAUGAAAAAAUCAGUGAGAAAAAGAUGUCUACACCAGUGGAGGUCCUUUGUAAAGGAUUCCCAGCAGAAUUUGCAAUGUAUUUGAAUUACUGCAGAGGACUGCGUUUCGAGGAGGCCCCAGACUACAUGUAUCUACGACAGCUAUUCCGUAUCCUGUUCCGUACACUGAACUAUCAGUAUGACUACACGUUUGAUUGGACAAUGCUGAAACAAAAAGCAGCAAAUGUCACCAGUAGUGGGACGAGUGUACCACCUGGAGCCACUGCAGUGCACAAGUAAAGAAAGUUGAGAUUUGAAGAUCAGGAAAAGAAACUGUCAUUCAUUAGGCUGGUUUGACCCAAGACAAUUUGUUCAGCACUAAAGUAAUGUGUUUUCAAAGUAUAUCAAAUACACACAUGAAUUAAAGUAUUGGUUCUACGUAGCAAAGUGUCAUAAUUAUAGCUCAUGUACUUUGUAGUACUUGCUUGUGGGCAUACACAAUAGUGUGGAGAAAAGCCUAACAGAUAAUUUGACAGUAUUUGAUCUGGUCACAGUCUCCUGAAACUGGUUUACACGUCAAAGAAAAAUAACUCUUUCUUGUCAUGUACUUCAAACAACUUGACACUUGCCUGGUCAAAAUUUAAAGGAUUAACUGGGUACAUCUAUGUGUAUAUAAUAAGACAUCGCUCAAUGUAUAUCUAUCUGUACAUGUCUAUAUAUCCUUUAUACAUCUAAUAAAUUGUGGUAGAAAGUGAUAAUGCAGUAUUUAAAUCUACAGACAUAUUUGAGACAAAGUAAGGCCAAAAACUGUGUUUCUUGUCUGGCCAAAAGAAAAAGUUGUCCUGUUUGUCUCCAGAAAAGGUGAAAUAAUUAAGUUUAAGUUUAAGAAAAAUGCCCACAUACCAACCUUUUUUGGAACAUACACAGGAGUUGGACUAGUUUAUCCAUUUACAGUACUUGUCAAUAGAGUGAAGUUUCAGUGACUCCUAUGGAUUAAGAUUUCGUGAUACAUGUAAAUUUGAUAAAUGUUCAAAUUCCAGUACCCCAGCAGGUCCACAGAUGUAUAUAGAACUAGUGCAUAAAAGAGCUCCAUAAAUGUUUAUUCUGUACAUACUUAUUUAAAAAUGAAAACAUAAUUGAAAACUGUAAUAUUUGGACUUCGUUUGUGUAUACAGUAUAUAUAUGUACUGUACUUACCAAAUGUAUAUAUGAGACAAACGAUACAUAUUGUGUAGAGUAUUAAAAGAAAAAUCAGUAGUUUUGUAAGAAUGUCAGUAUUUGUAAUGCAGAAAAAGGUGAACUAAAAGCAUUUAACCGAAUUAUUUCUUGUCUCAAUUGUUUGUACUAGCAUAUGAGUAACAAACAUUCAAACCUAAUAAGUGCCCAUAUUUUUGGUAUGAAAAACAUACAUAUUUGUUCUGCAAUAAAUACAACCUUAUAUACAAAUUAUCAGUCAUCCCUUCAUGAACCUUAUGGACCAUAGGUGUACAUUUCCAUUUGUCUAACACAGGAGACUAGUAAAUUUAAUGUUGGGCUAGUGAAAAUACAUUUGCUAUGAAAUUAUAGUAUCUACGGGUAGUUAUAAUUGUUUAAAAUCUGCUUACAAGGCUCGUAUGGUACUGUAAACAAAUAUAAAUUGUUAACCCCUAGACCAGUCGUAGGAGAAAACAAGCAGAUCAUAAAUCGAGAGUGUUAGACACUCUGUUUCAUAAUAGUGGGUCCACAUUUUGCAAGAUUCAGACAAUUGUUGGCAUUCAUUAGGUCAAAUCCAGUUGUCAUUUAGACGUUAGCAGUCGGACAAUUAUGCAUUCACUCAAAGGUCAAAUUAGACCUUGCUUUUUUUUAAUAACGCAAAUUUUGACAUCAUGUAUAUUCCAAAACAACUUUUGAUUGAGGGUUGAUCUACAUUUGAAUUUUAUUAUGUAUUUUAGAGAUAUUAAUUUGGAUACUGCAGAUGUAUUAAAAUAUCAGAACUAUUUAAAGAUGGACAGCAUUUCUGCAACAAGCUAAUCUGUUAUGAAGUUUUAAACAUGAUUUUCACGUAAUUAUAACUAAUGAAUAAUGAAAUCUAAACCUGGUAAUUUGCGAAAUCAAAUCUAGUACUUGCUGUAAAAUGUCUUCAUUCUAAAUUGCUAUUCUGUACUUGAGUUGUGUAUGAUGCCAUCAAAGUCUGAUAGUAGUGCCAUACUAGCCAAAGUUACAGUUUGUGUCUGGCACGGAAUAGUGAACCACUUCAGUCUGACUGCUAAUUAUAAAUAAUACCUUAACAGUGUGUAAUCUGACACAGUAGUGUAAAAAAAUCUUAGAGAAUAAUGUUAUUAUCAAUCCAUGUAUGAAUGCUGUACAGACAUUUAGUAGUGCUGUUUGAAUGAUGAAGCUAUAAUAUAUAUAUAUGCUGUUGACUAUUAGUGCUACAUGCAUAUACGGUAUAUUGAAUUGAUCACAAAUUUUUUUCUUGAAAGAUCGGAGAAAUCGAGUCCUUGUUUUUGUCAAACUUUAAUAAUACCUUUCUCACAUUACAUUUUUGUUGUGACACAUUGGAAAGGAAUUCCUUUACAUGCAUACUGUAGUGUUCUGUAAUUUCUAUUAAAUCUUGCAAAUUAUUAUUAUUACUUUUUUUUAUCACUUAAUUCAGAAUCAUCCGUAAUGACCACCACAAACAUAAAUAUGAAAUCUAUCGUUCAUACCAUUAAGUUCCAAUCUUAUCAAUUGGUGGAGGUCGAACAUAAAUGAAAACAAAAUCUAUUUUUGAUGUGAAAAUCGAACAUAAAUGAAACUUUGUAGCAAACUUCAUCCUUGAACACUGAAACAAAAGUGUCUCAUUAAAUCAAAACAUCUGUCUACAUGACCAUAUGUAUAAGAAAAACGAUAAAUUUGAAAAUUUGAUUUAUUUCAAAAUUUGCAAGGAAACUGCUACUUUUUCGGUUGACCAUUAAGAAGCCCAAUUAUGGCCAAGGCUGCCCAAUUUUGGCCAAGGCUGCCCCAUUUGAAUUGUGGGUAAUAAAGCUUGUGUCCGCCAUCCCUCGCUCAGCAGGGCCAUGUUUUUAUACAUGUCACAGCUUUAUAUUACUUAUCAAUAGCCUGCAAGGGGAGCCAAAAUUUCCUAUUUCUUUUUAAACUUUAAUUUAGAAAAGAAUUAAAGCUCUAUAAAAAUGAAAAUUUGCUCUAAAUUAUUUUGGUGAUAUUGAACAUAAUUAUCACUGCGUUCCCAAAUUUGCUUGUUUCUUGUACACUUUAGAUUUGUUACAAGUACGGUAUUACUGGUUUAUAAAUAUGAUUGCUAAAGUUUUGAUGUUCAUCAAAGUCACAUGUACAUUAUUGUAUAUUUCGCUGUAUAUAUUGAAAAAAGUAUUUGUCAGAAUGAGUGUAUUAUUUAAUUAAAAUGAUUUAUUGAAUGUGGUUCAUCCUGUAUGUGAAUUUGCUUCCAAUUUCACAUACAAUAUAUGAUUGGCAAGUCAUCAAUUAUACAUGCUUAGUUCUGCCAUGUUCGUACACAAAAGUGUGAGGAAAAAAAAUCUAAAAAUAUCUUGAGAAAGGUUCAUUGUGUUGUCAAUUCAUUUUCUUCUUUUACCCCAACCAUACUCAACUUCCCCACUCUCUUGUUAAAGUGUACGAUCCACUUUCCUUUUAACAAAAAAUCAACGUACUCUGUAAAUAGUUUUAUCUAGCUAAAACUGCCUCCCAUAUUCUUAUCAUACAUCAUAAUUUCGUGACUUGCUUUUGAGGUACAAUUUGACCUAACAUUUCAGCAUGUUACUAAUAAUAACAUGCUAUGUAUUUACUCUGCCAUUGUGUUGUGACAACAAUAUUGUCUUGAAAUUUUGUUGUGUUAUGUACAUGGCAUUUCACAUCGGUAUCUUUCCUGAACUGAACUUGCAAUGCAGGAUUGCAGUACCAUAACCAGGAUUAAAAUGCAUUCAGAAUUUUUUCUGUGACCAUCACCUCUUUCAGUGAGUAUGGUCACAUUCUUGCAUAUGUAAAUUAAUCCACAGCAAGCUAAAAGAUAAAAGACAUUUUCAAGUCAUUAUUCAGAGCACACUGAAUUUUACAAUAUGUACAUAAAAUAUUGAAUGAUUAAUUAUGAUAUGACAAUUGAAAUUGGUUAACCUGGCUGUAAUGGUGAUGUUAAUUACCACAGUUUGUGAAUAUCUGAUGAAAUGAUAUGUGUACCCUAUAAAUGUGUACAAUGUCUUGGUGUACUUGCCAGCUCAUACGACUUCAGAAUCCCCAUUUCCCUUCUAGAUCUAUUUGGGGGUGAAAGUAUUGUAUACAUGUAUAACUGUGUGGCAAAUUUAAAAUAAACAUUUUCCUCUGUUAUACUUCCUGUUCACAUUAGGUGUGUUAGCCCCGUUAUUAUCUUGAACACUUUAUAGACUGGGUUAGUCAUGUGAUUAAAUUAGGAGUCUCCUUGAGAGGGAAACACUUUACUGCUAUAUGUCUUGUUGUAUUUUUACAGUAAAGGGAGAUUAAUUGUCUACGGUUCAAGUUUUCAAAUUUAAUAAAUUAUUCAUCUCCCACAAUAUUGUCAUUUGACUGGCUUCCUUUUCUUGCAACUUAAAUUUUAUUCCCGUAACACUAAAUUUGCCUGGUAGGGAACCAAGUACAUAUAUGAAGAAAAUAUUUAAUUAUUAUUCAGAGUGGUCUGGGAACUGGUAUCUUGAGACAAGAGGUUGGGGGGCUCCAUGGGAUGGAUAAAACUGUACAGUUUUAUUUUUAUUACCUUGUGCAGUAGAUGUCGGUGUAAAUCUGUACUGCCUGUUGUUGAUUUUCUCCAUUCUGUGAUUUUGUUGACUGUCUACCUGAGUUUGUCAUUGUUUACCUGUGUAAUCAGUACAAAGAGAUGUGUGCAUAGGAUUUGAUAAGCACAGGUGCUCAAAUUGAAUGGCCCCCUCCCCAUGAAAAAAAAGAGUUGGAUUUGUGAAAGACUACUGGUACUUUUGAAAAUUGUUAAAACAAAUCUGGACAUUAGCUGCCUAUAUCAAAAGUUUUACAUCAGGUACUGAACUGUCUGUAGUCAUAAAAAUUAAUGUUUUUUGGGGAGAAAAGAGACAAUCGAUUCAAUUCAAGCACCUGUGCUACUGAGUAUAUCUAUAUAUAUUGAUGUGAGGUAGAACUUGUGUUUACAUCAGUGUGAUGUAUAGGAACCUAGGAGUGGCUAAUAGUGUAUUACUUAAUUACGUGUACAUUUCUAUGUGAAGAAAUAGCUUAAUUCUAUAUAUUAUACUGAAUUUGUCCGUUCAAUAUUAAUGAUACUGUAAUGUAUUGUAGAAUUGAGACGAGAGUGUUGAAUGUGAAUGUAGGUUUAACAGCUUCAAUGUUUUACAUUAUGUUCCGUUUCUAUAAGUAGAGCUCACAUAUGCUUAAAACUCCUAGUAUUACUUGUAGCUACAUUUUAUGUUUGAUUUGUUCAAUUAGUGGGUAGCCGUACCAACUUUGAAAUAAGAAAUUUCCACUUAAUUAUGGUAUCUAAAACGAACAAAAUAUGUUAGAGAACUUGAUUAUUGAGUUAAUAUCAGGGAGGCAGGGGAUAUUUGAGAUUGGUGAAUACAUUUUUAAAGUAAUUGUUCUUAAAGAGUUCUUAUCAAUGAAUUUUCCUUCCCAAAAAAUCGUAUUUGAACCCGAAACUACUACCCUUUUAUCAAUUUGACAGUCAGAUAUAAACUGAUAAGGAGACUAUUACAGUGUUAAGGUGUAACUGUCCUAAAUUGUGAUUGUAACUUAAAUCUUGUUUGUAUGGUUAAAGGUUAACUUCAUUACUAUCACUGACCAUUGUUUCCUGUGAAGCUUAUUUUUGGCAUUUCUUCUGUAUAGUAAUGGAAUUUUAAUAAAUGUUGAAGUUCUGAAAUUAA